AUGGACCCAGCCAAGCCACACUCGCUCAUGCUGCUGGGGAAGCAGCUGGUGCUUUGGAGGGAUGGGGAGCAGCAGUGGCGCUGCUUUGAGGAUAGCUGCCCCCACAGGAAGGUGCCGCUGUCAGAGGGAAGAGUGGAGCAAGGGGGGUUGCAGUGCGGAUACCAUGGCUGGAUUUUUGGCUCUGACGGCCGCCCCACCCACAUCCCACAGCUUCACAGCGUGGACACAAAGGCAGAGCAGACAGCAUGUGCUAGCGGGAGGUCUUGUGCAGCCGCCUACCCUGUGCAGGUGCAACAAGGCUUGAUUUGGGUAUGGGGAGAGCACGGGUCAACAGCGUUUCUGGAAAGCCUGCAGCGUCAGCCGGCCAUAAACCCCCUGAAAGCCAAAACAGAACCUGACAAGUUCACGCAGACCUAUGUGAACUACAUAAGAGACUUGCCAGGUGGAUUUCAGGAGUGGGUCGAGAACAUGACUGAUCAGUCCCACGUGGCUUUUGCUCACCAUGGCGUGGCGGGCAACAGGCAUGGACCGGAUGCCGGAUACUUCAAAUCCCAUAGCGUGGAGGAGAGGCCGCGCCCAGAGGACGGAUUUAAAUUCGUAUUCGAUUGGAGCGCCAACAGCAAGUCUGUCAACAAGAACACCACCUUCGAGUUCAUCCCACCAGUCUACAACGGGUUCACUGUGGCGGGGGGAGUGUUCUCGCUGUGGAUCUACGCCGUCCCAGUCAGCGCCACAUGCACCCGCCUCAUCAUCAACGCCGGAGGAAACUUCCCCAAACCGCCGCCUCAGAAAUUGACCCUCACAAAUCCAGCUGCCCUGCUGAAGAAAGUGGAUCCCCGACCACUGCUCCUACAGCUCGUCAAGCGCAUCAGCGGAAGAUGGGGCCCUCAUCUGCAGCUGAAUGCAGUCAACGAUGGCGACAUUGUGUUCAUGCACCAGCAGAGCAAAACCAACCGCCUGGCUGGGCGCAAGGCAGACUACAAUCGCCACUACUUCACCCCCGGUGACUCCGACAGGGGAGUUAUGGCGUGGCGGCGGUGGCUGACGCAGAAGGCGGGCGGGGGCCCGGUGUACCCCGACACCCCAGCGGUUGACCCCUUCCGCGACAGCCUCGGCAAGCUGCACAGGCGCGAGCUGCUCGACCGGCACCACCAGCACACACAGCACUGCGCAGCCUGCAGCAAGGCGCUUCAGCAAGUGAGGGCGGCCCAGAAGGCAUUAGCAGGUCUUUGUGUGGCAGCCUUUCUAGGCUUGGUGGCCUUCCUGGGCAGCAGGGGCUGCCCGCUGCUGUCCCUCGGUCCAGUCAGCUGCGUGGCAACCUUCGCGGCAGCCGCUGCUGCGCUGCUCAGCCUGCGUCGGCUGGAGAGCCAGUUUGUGUACACCGACUGGGUCAACGCUGAAAAGUAA